GUGUUUAUUUUGUAAUUACACGUUUUUCUGCCCUUUUGCUAUAGCUACUUAAUCCUAGGUAGUUAUUUUUUAAUUUAAAGUUUGACAAGUAAAUAUGCACAAAUGGUCGUAUAAGUAAAGAAUAAAUAAGAACAAACAUAAGCCAUAGAUACAUUAGAAGCUUUUAAUUUUAGGAUGUCGUCUCGCACAAAACGUAUAAUGGACUUGGCUAACCAACAAGCAAGCUCUUCUUGCGUGGAAAUGGUUGAAUAUGUGGUUGAAAAAGACGGAAUUUUGUCACCUAUUCAUGCAAGACCGUCUAGUAAAAUAAAUGAACCACUAGUAAAUAGUGUUAAGGUUGUACCACCGAUGAUUCAAACUAGUUUUGACCAAAUAGAAUUUCCGGCAGACGAGCCGGUAGACUUAAAUGAUGCUGCUAGCAUGUACCAUGAUAACUUGACCAGUUUCGACCAUUUAGAACUGCCAACAGAUUUAAACGAUGCUUGUAUUUCUACCGAUUGUGACCAUCAUGAUUUGCCGACAGAUUUAAAUGAUGCCGUUAGCAUGAACGAUGAACCGGACAAUCCAGAGAUUCUAGGAAUGGAGCAAGACGAAGGCAACAUGAAUAUUAUUACCACCACAAAUACUUCUUCUGAACACGAUGCUGGCUCUGACGACUUGGAUGUUUCUUACGUUCCUGAAGAAAACGAUUCUGAUAGUAGUAACUCUGCCAAUGAGGAUGAUUUUAAUAACAAUGAAGAAAGAAAUGAGGCCAAUACCAGCCUGCCUACCACAAGAACUCGAAGGAAGAGAAAAUUGUCCGAAUCAUGGAACUACAAUAUUAAUAAAUAUAAACGUUUAAGAGGUCAGCCUUACCAAGGAAAAAAAGAAAUAACCGGUAAAUGGAAUUACAACAUUAACAAACCAGGCAAGUUCUUAGAAAAUCCGUGCAACUGCUCUCUCAGUAAGAAAAAAUCUGCAAUUCAGUGCCAAAAAAUGACGGAAGAAAAGCGUUUAAAGAUUUUCCAAAAAUUUUGGAAUAAAAUGACUUGGAAUGAAAGAAAAUUGCAGGUACAGGCUCUAGUGCAGUGCGACAAUGUUAAGAGAAGGAGAGGAGAACUUGAAGUGUCUAAAAGAAAGUAUUCUAUGAAAUAUUUUUUACAAGUGGAUUUGGAAAGAAUCAGAGUGUGUAAGCGGAUGUUUGGUAGUACACUAGGUUUAAAAGAAACGCUGAUAUUGUCUUGGCUUAAAGAAUUUAGUCGCGAGCCUGAUGACUAUCUGGGCAGCAAAAAAAGCGAAACAAGAACGGCGAAAUUUGCAGAAAAAAAUACGGCUGUGUAUCAGUUUUUACAAUCUUUACCAAAAAUGGAAAGCCAUUAUUGUAGAUCUUCCUCUAAAAAAUUAUAUCUAGAGCCACUUUGGCGUUCCAAUGCAGCACUGUACAAUUUUUUCAGGCGAGAAUAUUGCGCCGAACGUACUUUAGAGCCUCCAUCCAUAGCAACGUUUAUGAAGAUAUUUGAAGAGCUAAACUUGUCUCUCUAUGUUCCUAAAAAAGAUUUGUGUGACGUGUGUGAGGCCUACAAUACGAAGAACUUAUCUGAAGAUGAUUAUAACCUACACCAAACGUUAAAGCAAGAGGCACGUCAAGAAAAGGAAAAGGACAAAUCUACUAACGAUGUUACAGUAAACGUGUAUGCAAUGGAUUUACAAAGCGUGCUGUUAAGUCCCAAAUCGACAGUCGCUGCAAUGUACUACAAAACCAAACUGGUAGUACACAACUUCACUAUUUAUAACCUAAAAUCCAAGGAAGGAUUUUGCUUUCUGUGGAAUGAGAGCGAAGGGGCCUUGACUGCAAACGAUUUUUCCAGCAUUGUUUCCGAUUUUGUUGAACAGGAAAUAAAAAAGAAUAAAGGUUUACGUGAAAUGAUUUUUUUUAGUGAUGGUUGCACGGGCCAAAACCGCAACUCAACAUUGGCCAACGCGUUUGUAAACUUAGCUGCACAGCACAAAAUUGUCUUGACUCAAAAGUAUUUGUUUAAAGGGCACACUCAGAUGGAGGUGGACUCGAUGCAUGCAACCAUUGAAAGAGAGAUUAGAAAUCGAAAAAUAAAUCUGCCCGCUGAUUAUGCUUACUACUGCCAAAAGGCAAGAUCGAGUCCAUCUCCUUAUAAUGUAAGAUAUCUCACCCAUUCGUUCUUUAAGAAAAUGGAUACUAUAAAAUUUUAUACGUCAAUACGUCCAGGUAGAAUCGUUGGCGACCCCGUUGUCACUGACAUAAAGGCUUUAAGGUACUUACCAAACUAUGAAAUCCAAUUCAAAACGAGACAUACAGAUUCUUGGUGUACAUUAAACCAAAGAUUGAAUAAAAAAACGGCCCCGUGCAAGUUUGAAGAUUUGCCUUUCUUAUACACAGAACGCAGAAAAAUUAAAAAGGAAAAAUAUGAGCACCUCCAAAUUCUGAAAUUAGGACUUCUACAAGACUAUCAUCAAUUUUAUGAUGAACUUCCGCAUGAAUAA